CCAGCGGAGGAUGGAGAGUCGUCUGAGGGACCGGGAGGUGGAGGCUGAGCAGCAGAGACGAAGCCUGGACGGUCUGGAGCAGAUGGUGGUACAGCAGAGGGAGAGGACGGACAAGGAAGGGAAACAGCUGAUGCAGCUGGAGGAGCAGAGCAAAGCUCAAGUACUCAAACUUUCAGCUGAAGUAUCAUUGCUCCAGUCAAGACUGAACGUCAGUGAGCAUGUAGUGGAAGACCUAAGGAGAAAGAACACAGCUCUGGCUGCAGAGCUGCCAUUCCUGCAGACGAGACUGAGGGCGAGUGAGAGCACGGUAGAGCAGCUGAGGAGGAAGAGCGCAGUUCUAGCAGUGCGACUAUGCAACAGUGAGGCUCUAAUGGAGGAGCUGAGGAUGCAGAUCUCAGCGUUUCCAGCUUCCAACAGUUCGUCUUGGUCAGAAGCGACAGAGCUGGAGACUCGACUGAACAUCAUCCUAAAGCAGCUGAACAGUGAAGCUCUGCACAGUCGGCUGGACUCUCUGGAGGCAAAACUGAACUCGUUGGCUGCUGCUCUGGGUCGGACGGAUCAACUGUUUUCUCGGAUGAAGGAUGCAGAGAAACAACUGGACCACGUCCCAGCUGAGAUCACAGCUCUGAGCAGCAGACUUGGUGCUGCUGAACGGCACCUAGAGGAGCUGCAGGCACGAAGCACAGAUGAAACUUCAGAACUGAUGAACCUGGAGGAGAAGCUGAACUCAAGCCAGAGUCUGCAGAGGAGCAUGAACACAGAGCUGCUGAACAGACUGAGAGUCACUGAGAAACACUGGGAGGCUGCACACAGACAGAACACAGACCAGUCUGUUCAACUGUCUUCAAUGGAGUCCAGGCUGUCAGACAGCAGCAGCAACACUACAGCUCUGGAGCUCAGAGUAAGAGUCAGUGAGAAGCAUCUGGACGAUUUGCAGACCAACAACACAGAGCUGAUGCGCAAACUCCGAGUCAAUGAGAAACACAUGGAAGAAUUGAGAGGAGAAAACACAGGUCAGAGCUUCACACUGAUGGACCUGCAGAGGAAUCUGAACACAACCGAACGUCUACUAAACAUAAUCAACACAGAGCUGGAGAACCUGAAGACUGAAAACACAGGUUUUUAUUAUUUCAACUCAAACAUUUGUCGGUUGUACAGACUGAAUCCAUGUGAGUCUGGUUCUGGUUUUCUUGUUUCAGUUCAGUUUGGUCAGAUUUCUUUGUUGGAGUCCAGACUCUUGGGGAACAUUUCAGGAUGUGAAGUGCAGCUGGUGGCCGUCGGCCUCAGACUGCACGAAGCUGGGGAGCAAGUGGACGAGCUGAGGUCACAGAACACAGCCACAGCUGCUGAACUGGGCACUGUCUCUGAGCAACUGACGAUGAAUCGGAGGGAAAUUGAAGGUAACAGAACAUGUUUCUUACACAGUAUAAAGGAAUGUUUCUUUAUUAAGUAUUCCCUCUCAGAGCUGCAGCUGCGUGUUACGGAUGGUGAGGCCGCAGUGACCAAGCUGAUGCAGGAGAACAAAGCACAGUCACUUCUGCUGACAGAGGUCAACUCCACACUGAAACUGGUGGGAUCAAAAUCACAGGCGAGUCAUAGUUCUUUUUGUUUGGCUCAGUCCUGUAACCAUGUUGGUUGCUAUAGAAACCCUUUUCUCUCUGCAGAGCUGGAGAACAGACUGAGACUCGGGGAGACACAGCUGGACCGCCUAAAACACAGGAAGAGCUGCUAUGAGUGCCCGACUGGAUGAGAGCAACACUCGUCUGCAGCUGAUCACGAAGACCACACAGGUUUGAUUUUCAUCUUUCUUAAAACAUGAAUGGUUCACAUCGAGCGCUAAACUGUGACAUCAUCUGCUAGAUAAGUU